CCUUAAAUUUAAAAUCAACAUUUUACCAACCACGGAGCCAGGACGCUUUUUUGUUGAAAAAAAAAUGGAUGGUAUUAAUUUAUUUAAUCAAUUUGUUGCUCUACAUAAACCCCAACUGGUAGCAUCAGCAGUGCCACAGCAUUUCUGGAAAACUCUUUAUCAUAAAAUAACGACCGAAACAUUUGAUGCUGGUCAGGCUCUGCAGUUGAUGUUAAUCGAGUAUGACGAUGAAGAAGAUGAACUUGCUAGUGUGGAGGAGAAAGAUUGUAGGCCGGUUUUUGCUUUAUCUGUAGCACAAGACGAAGGACUGCAGGCUAAUGACCCCAAUAAUAUAUACCUUGUAGACCAUUGCUGGACAUUUCGCUUGAACAUGGCAAGGCAACAACUUGAAGAAUAUGAACAUUUGUGCAAUAGAUUGUGUGCCAUAACCGGAAUAGAUUUGGAAGACAACGAUCGAGUGGAUAAGGUAAUGAAGAAAAUGUGGAAAUACUGUCAGUCUUAUACGCUGGCCAGUGAUCAACUUUCCGAUGAGGAUAGACAACCCAUAUGGUACAUAAUGGAUGAGGUGGGUUCAGCUGUGGGACAUUCAGAUGAGCCCAAUUUUAGAUUGGUACCAUUUUUGCAUUUAAAUACCCAAACGACUUACAGCCUGUUGUUUCCUAUUAAAGAUGUUGAAUGUGGUGACCAUGUGUGUCGUGAUUAUGUGGAGUAUGUUAGUAAAGAGGCUGAGGAGAGAAAAGCUUUGCUUUUGCCUUGGAGUCAUGUCGAUCUCAGCAAAGAAAGUUUUCUGCAAUAUGAACCAUCAGCUGAAUAUUUCAACACUGGUCAUAUACCAGAAACCUAUGCAACAGAGGAUGAUAUGCAAGAACCUCAAUUUGAUCGUAAUGAACCUUUGAAAGUGUAUACGGAGUACGAAAUGGUGCAAGAGCAUUUAACUUCCCCUUACUUCAGUCUAGUGGACAAUCCAGAAUCAGCUGAUAUUCUAUGGCUAACCACACACUACAAAAAUUUCGCUGAAUUGUCACAGGAAACGCCCAACAAGUUUAUUAAUCAAUUUCCUUUAGAGUACAUUAUUACUAUUAAAGACUUGCUUAGUAUUAUUUGUAGAAGAGCAGCUGUAGAACAUCAUAAUAAGGAAACAUUGGAAACAUAUCCUUUGUGGCUACCAGCUACAUAUAAUUUAAAAACAGAAAUUUUACAAUUCGCUUCAUACUAUCAAAAUCGUUCAAAAAAAGGUUUGGACAAUCAUUGGAUUAUAAAACCUUGGAAUUUAGCUAGAGGUAUGGAUACCCAUAUCACUGAUAGCUUAGCACAAAUUGUGCGUUUACCAUCUACGGGUCCAAAAAUUGCCCAAAAAUACAUUGAAAAUCCAGUGCUCUUUUAUCGUUCCUCCUUGGAUGCGCAAGUUAAAUUCGAUAUUCGCUAUGUAGUGCUUUUGAAAAGUGUUCGUCCUUUAGAGGCGUUCAUACAUCGUAAAUUCUACUUGCGUUUUUCCAAUAAACCAUUUUCUCUCGAUCAUUUCGAUGAUUAUGAAAAACAUUUCACUGUAAUGAACUAUCAAGACGAUGCUGAAUUACAUCACGUUAAAUGUGAGCAGUUUUUGGAUUUAUGGCAGGAACAAUAUCCCCAAAAUGCUUGGUCAGAUAUAGAGGACAAAAUAUGUAGCAUGCUAUAUGAAAUGCUAGAAUGUGCUACUAAAGGUUCAGCCCCAAGUGCCAUACAACCGUGUCCACAAUCCAGGGCUGUGUACGCUGCUGACAUAAUGUUGGAUUGGAUACCAAGUUGUAAUGAUACCAAAGAUGCUAGUAAAAUGCAACCAAAAUUGUUGGAAGUCAAUUGGACACCAGAUUGCAAAAGGGCCUGUGAUUAUUACCCCGAAUUUUACAAUGACAUUUUCAAGCUGUUAUUUUUAAAUGAAGCCAACGAUGAAGUAUUUCGCUUAUUGCAAUGAGGUAAUUAAUAUUGUUAUGUACUACUAGUUUUGUACUAUUAUAUAUGUUUAAAUGGUAUUAAGUAUAAUAUAAAUUAUACAAUAAAGUAUGCUUUUCAAACCAUAAACAA